AUGCCACAUGAGGAUACCGGUGAAAAAAACUACACAUGUAAGACAUGUGAUAAGCAAUUCAGGCAUGCAAGCACUUUGAGAUGCCAUAUGACGAUACAUACCGGUGAGAAAAACUACAUAUGUAUGGUAUGCGAUAAGCAAUUCGGACAUGCAAGCUCUCUGAAAUGCCAUGUAAGGGUACAUACCGGUGAGAAAAAUUACAUAUGCGAGGUGUGCAAUAAAACAUUCAACCAACAUUCAAACCUGCAUCGACACAAAUUGGCGCACGAAAACGUGCGAUUCGAAUGUAAGCAAUGUGGUAAGAAUUUCACUCGAAAGUAUAAUUUGAAAGAUCACAUGAAAAUGCAUAGAAGUUCGAAUGAAAAGCCGUAUUCGACAGUGAGCUCCUUAGCGUCAUCGAUAGCAGAUAUCAUUGACACCGAAAUAUUUAUACAAGAAAUCAUUGCAUUCACAAGUGUUUAA